CAGAAGCGUACAGGAGAGUUCGCUGAUGAGAGAUGCGCUCGUUUCAACACCGAGAAACAGACAGUUGAAGACGGAGUGGAAAGAGUUAACGAUAGCACUCAUAAAUAGCUGAAGAAUUCAGUAGUCAAAAUUGCAGUGGACGCGGUGGGAGUGUACAGUUAUGGAGCUCAUUACUACCAAAGGCGAUGUAAACUCGGAGGAUGACAGCAGGGGGCAGCAUCGAGACGGGCAACAGAGGGACAUCGUCGCUAGGAAACAAGUGCAAAGAAAUCAGCUGGAGGUGUGUCCUGGACUGGUUUCUGGAGACACACACCCGAUGUGCCGUGGGCACAAUCGUGGUGAUCUGGAGCCGAGAGCCGGCGAUGCCGCAGGAGAGGAUGGAACGGUUGCGGAAAAGACACCCGGUUUACCGAGGAGCGAGAGGGACAAUCAGAGCAAGAGGAAUUCUGGUGGGUCCGGUUCCGCGACCCAGCCCGACCCAGCGAUGUCAGAUGGCAGGCAGGGGGGCAAGAAGAAGCACCGACGCUCCAAGAACAACAAGAAGAAGCGACGCUGGAAGCCGUACUACAAACUGUCAUGGGAGGAGAAAAAGGAACUGGACGAACGAGAAACCAUACGGGCGUCGAGAGUUCGAGAGGAGAUGUUCGCUAAAGGGUUACCCGUGGCUCCCUACAACACCACCCAGUUCCUGAUGGACGAGCACGAUCGGGAAGAGCCGGAUCUCAACACGGAACUCGGUGCCGGUGGCCAAAGGCGCUCCUUCGGUGCCAUCCGCUCCGAGGACACGGCCAGCGAGGAAGACUACUUCGAGCAAGAGGAGGAAGAGGACGAGGAGGCGGACUGUGGGAGCGAUGGCAUGGGGAGACCCGGGCAGGCAGGUGGCGCGUUUCUCCAGAAGGACUUCUCCGAAACUUACGAGCGAUACCACGUCGAGACGCUGCAAAACAUGUCCAAGCAAGAGCUGGUGCAGGAGUACCUGGAGCUGGAGAAGUGCAUGUCGCGACUGGAGGAAGAGAACAACCGGCUGCGCAACGUCCAAGGCGGGGGCGCCGAGGGGACAGCAGGCGAGGGCGAGACCCCUGGCCCUGCUGCUGCCGCCACCGACGGAGCGCAGCGUCUUCGGGAGUUGGAGAGCGAGCUGGAGAGACUGAAGGCGCAGAAUAGCGAGUUGCUACAGCAGAGCCAGCGGUACAGGGAGCAGGGCAUUAACGGCGCCACACAAGGGACUGACACUGGACAACAGCCAACGCAUGAUGGCACCAAGUGAUGGACACGUUUGGUUAUGUACGAGUUCUGUUUUAUUUGUUUAUUCAUCUGAACAUUCAUUUCUUUCUCUUUUUUGACUGUAAGUUUCAGUACUGCUAUUUAGGCUCUUAGUUCCUGUUAAUGGAGAACGAUCUGCGAAUUAGAUUCCAUCCAGAAUGUCUAUUUUAUGUGUAAAUGAAAUAUAGCUAACGAUUUUACAAAUGCGUCACGUAGUCAUUCUUGCAAUUAAAAGGUCGACUCGAACUAACAAAA